CAAGCCUUUUUAAACCUCUCUUUUACACAUGAAUAUGGCUGCUAAAAUGUUUCAGCUAAGUCUGAACAGUUUGGAUUCCAAAAUUGAAUCGAGAAAAUCAGCUUUUUCUUUUGACGUGAAGCAAACUAUUCAGUACAAAAGUGGCAUUGGAAUUACACCCCGAACUAGCAGGUGGCGCUGAUGGCUGCACAAUGGCAAUUUCUUCACCGCCAUCCAAGAGGGGGCUUUCCUGCGUGAGACAGAUUUGGAUGAACCAUCAGAAGCGAAGGCGUUUUUUGGUUAUGUUUGCUCUUGUUUCAGACGACACAUUUCCCCCCACUACUCUGCUUGAAGCCGUAGAAGGUCAGGAUAUCUUUAAUGCGUUUCUUUGUCGAGCACAAGUUCAGCAAAACUUCAAGCGAUUUCUUUCGAAGUCAAAGUGUUGUCGGAGGGUAUCAGCUGGUAAACAUUAUUUUCUCGAUUAACGGAGGAAGACUGUCGAGAUGUCCGACGCGCUCACUCGAAGGUUCCGCUCUCAGCUGACUGUAGCCAUGGACGUAGUCUUGAGGAAAGCGGUGAUGGAUAUCAUGAGCAUCUUUGAGGCCAGCGUGUGUGAAUACCAAAAGGAACUGUUGCUGAAAGAAGACCGACUGGUCCGCCUUACAAGAAAGUUGGCGCGGGCGGAGCUUCAACUGACAAGGCUUGAGUGUCAAAAAGCGAGCGUCGUGAAGGAACGUACCAGCACUCCCCAGACGCAGAAUGGCUGUGAACAGGCUUCUGAUGCAGCUGUGCAGACUUCCACCGUUGCAUUUGUCAACUCAAAACAGCUGUUGGACAGUUCUAAUUCUGAGGCAACUCAGGCCUCUCUGAAUUCACAAGAUGAAAUGACCCCGUGUGUUCAAGUGCAGAGGUCGUCGGUUCAACAGAGCUCCACUCCUAAGACGGAACCGGAGGAAGUGGCACUUGACCAGCAACCAUCAACGUCAAAACCGGAGAGCAGCACAGGGUCCUCUAAAGAGAAGAAGCUGGAGAAGAAAAAUGUCACACAAUCUCCUCUGGGCAGAAGCAACUUGGUCAUUUACCUCCGGGACAUUAAAGAAGGAAACAGUGGCCACCUGGAGCCCGAGACAUCCAAGAGGAAGAAGACGCAUAACACUCCCAUGGAGACCAGAGCUGGGAGCGACGUGAAUGCUGCUCACUUUGUGUUAAAAAAACAGGUCACGGCUGAGGAAGAGUCUGGCCGAACCCCUAAAAAGACUUGUCACAAAUGCAAGAAAGUGUUUCCCUACCCUGACGCUUACGAACCCCAUUUCAAGUCCUGCCGCAAGCUGAAGCAUCCGAACUCUCGGAAGCUCGAACAGACUAAAUCAGAAGAAAGACUGUUGCGUUCGUCCCGGUCCCUAGAUCUGAAAAUACUGCAUUAUCAAGUCCUUGAAAAUCGUUUUGCCUGCUGUCUGUGUCGACAAAAAUUUGCUAGUCAUCGCUCUCUCGCGAUACACAUGCGAAAACACGAGCUAAAAAGUUGCGCGACUCCAAACUGGACUGAGCCGAUCGAUGAUGAUGUUCUAUGAUGGGGGGCAAGAGUCGAUAUGAGAAGGAAUUUUGCUGCAACACUGUUUCACAUCUGGACGGCUUGUGUGUAUUUCUUCAUUUGUCUUCAGUGACAAGUGUUUAUUUCUGACUUAACUUGGACAUGCUGCUCACCUUUGGUCAGCAGGAGUCGGCAUCUAGAAUGAGAAAUUUGACCAAGGGAAGAAGGGUGUGGGGAUGAGUGAAGCAAGUGAGAUGUUCUCGCGAUAUCGUUGAAUGUUCAGCACAAUUCUAUUCCGUAUUAUGCAGUAUGUUUUUUAAUCGAGUUAGUGCUGAUGAUUGUCUGUUUAAUCCUUUAACUGAGUUAAAAAGCUUACCUAGAUCUGCUUUGCUAAACAUUGACCACGUUUUUGGACUUUAUUUUGUUACUUUUAUCAAAGUAUUCAACUUGCAUUUUCAGACUUGGAGUGUAAUUUUAUUGUAGUGUACUUAGAAAAUGUGUCGAGUGGCAGCUGUACAUUUGUCGUUCCGCGAACCGCCACUAGAGUGCAGUACGGUACUUCGAUUUCGUUGGACGAGCGCAACGCGUUGACCUCUCGGUUUUGUCAUUUCCUCCGUUUCCUCUCUUCCCCGGUCAAUACACUUGUGUCAUCAGAUUUCUGCCUUCAUAAGAAUGGUCUUAUUGGGCAAAAAUAUUCUCUGUCGCCUAUGUUAGACGAUAACACCAGCAAUAUUGUUCUACAUUUUUCUCAGCCUUUGACGCCUCUAUUAAAAUGAUCCGAAAUUUACUUUGUACCAUACAUUAUUUUGACUUGGAUUCAGUAUUGUUAUACAUUUCCUCAAUAUCUACAAGCGAUUGGGACGGAUUAUUCUCAGAUGUUAAUGUUCUCCCACCUUUUUGUACCAUUGAAGCACAUCUUUUUAAAAUCAAAUUACUUAAGUGUCAUUCUGUUUAGUUAAUUUCUGUCAUCAGUAAUUGUACUCUUCUGAUCACACAUCACUCAUGUGAGAAUAUGGCCUCUCUUUAUGCUCCUAUUAUGACUGCAUUUUGCUAUGUAUGUUAUUAUGGUACUGCUUUCCUUUUUUGUUGGAUGUAUCAUCACCUUGUGCUCAUUAAUAUCUGCUUAUUUCAAUUGUUUUGCUGCUUGACUUUCAUUUGGAGAGUGGUUAUUUCACACAUUUGUAGAAAUGCUGAGCGUGCAAUAUGUGGAUUUUCCUGACUGCUGAUUCUCUGGUUUUGUGUAAACUAGGUUAAACUGUAUUUUCAGAAUGGCAUUGUCAUUUCUGAAAAUUAGCCCACAUGUAUGUUCUAUGGUUCACCAGGUAGUGUUUGAAUUAAACUAGAAUUCUGAUAUUUAAGAUGUACUAUGAUGGUCUAAGUGGUAUUUGAUAAACUGCAUGAGUGUUUUGAAAUCAGCCACUGCUAGAUGUAUUUUUAUUUUUUUUUUAAGUGAUUAAAUCCAAAUCUCUCUUUGACUGUUAACCCUUGCUGUUUGAGCACAGAGAUUCCAUUAGGAGGUUAAAUGGGCUUCAGACUUUCUGUUUUUAUAUUUGGUUAUGUGUGUAAUCUUCUUUCCGCUCUAAGCUGCUUUACUCAGGGGGUGAGGCAACAAAUGAACAGCAGCACUCGCUGCCACACAGUCUCGUUGCGCGGGUGAGGAUCAUAGGAGACCAAAGAUAGUGAAUAGAUAAAAAGAUAAAUACAUAAAGGCUGGACUGCAUGAAGAAGUAAAUGACAAAUUGUAUUGGCUGGGAUACAACAAGACACAUGGUCUUUCACCUGUGGUCAUGAGGCCUUGGUAGUUGUUGAAUGAGCAAGAGUGUCAAUUGUGAGCUGCUUCAUGUUGGUUGUUUCAGUAAAGCUUUGGAUCUAGUGGGUUAAACUGCACAGUAGUGUGCCGUAAUACAGGGCAGAUUAGAAGGCACAGUCGUAUGAUAUCUACAAUGAAGACACCAUACAUUGUUAGCUGAUAACAUGCAGGCAGAAAAAUUACAGCAUAUCAGUUAUAGUUUUAGUCUAAAGGACCACAAAAAAACAGGCAUGGGGCCGCAUAUGGCACCCGGGCCGCCCUUUUCCUGGGUCUGGUGUAGAGGCACCAGUGUAAGAUUGGAUGUGCUGGAAAUGAUAAUGUGACACUCGCAUUCUCACCUUUUUCUCUGGUCAGAUUUGAAUGUCAGCUGUCCCAUUUUACCACUGGAACUGUCAUAGGUUUAGAGGGAAUUUAAAUUCAACAAUUUCAGAGAGUUGAAUCAAUGUAUCACAGUCUGCCUGGAGUUGAGCUGCCAACCUCUGUGAUCUAUUUGACACCUCGGAUUAAUAGCAUCCCAGCCUUGUGACAAGAACCCGGACUGGGUGCGACGUGACAGUCGAGAAAUAUACAGAGUAGUUGCAAGAAAUAGCAGAAACAUGGAAGGCAUCAGCAUGUUGUGAUGCUAGAUGUGUGCUCUGGGUUCAGAGUAAAUGGAACAUGUCUAAUGGAGGCGGUGCCAUCAGGCUUUGUGCUGGGAACCCAACAUGGCUAAUAGUUGUUUAUGAGGGCCCUGGUCCGCUGCUGCGGGGGUCCAACUCCAUUCCGUGUGCUUUAUCGUCUGUGUGACCGUGUUUCCGUUUAUUCCCCGCGCCCUCGGGCUAUUGCUUUAAUUCACCAGCAAGGAAAAACAGUGUUGUGGCUCUUUCCUCGCCCUCCAUCCAAAGUGCGAUUCCAUCAGUAUCAUCCGAUCCCCCCGGAGUGAAACGAUCCCCCUGAGACCAUGUUACUGCUGCUGCCUCCCAAAACAUGUCAUACAUGAGUAGAAACGGAGGAAAUAUUUACUCGUAGCAGGCUUUUUCCAUCCGAGAUGAAUGUACACACAGUGGCUAACAAACAUCUGUGCUGUUAUUGCUUCAAUCGCACACUUCUUACUACACAGAAGGUUUAGCUUUGCCCGGAGGCAGCCCAUAAUCCGCCCAGUCCCAUUACUCCCCAGGCACCGUGUUUCAUGCCUCCCGUCAUUACAGAAGUGAAACUCCCUUUUAGGGAUUAGACUUGUGUCUCCCGCUGAAGGCUGCGAGUUGAUCCAUCGUCUGCUGACUGCAUUUAAUCACUCAGUCUAAUGCUGUUAGUGCGAGGAGACGUCGCCGCAGAUCUUUCAUAACUCUUCUAAUAAUGAGAUCACUCUGUCUGUGGUGGACGAUUUCACGGCGACUUCCAUGAAUCUAUUGGAAAUCACUUACUAGUCAAAGAAGUCAGAAGUUCUAACUUCAAAAUGGUUGGCGGCUCAUGAAAACCCUGGUUGAGCUGGAGCAUCAGAUGACAGCUCAGUCUCCAGAUCUUGUCUUGGUCUCAGUGAAGAGUCACUGGCUUGGAUCUCCUCCAGGCAGCUGCGCCUCUCAUCGAUCACAUUUUUGGGCGGCGCGGAGCGUGAUGAAGUGGUGAAGCGGGAGCACAUGCUUCACAAUAUUUCCCAGGUUUUCCAAGUGUUUGUCUUGCACCAUGGAGGGUGUUCUCCAUCCUUCAGGCUGGACUGUGGUUGCUAGGUGACCAUGUGUCUGCACGGGGGGGUUGGACAAGAAGCGCUGUGGGGUCAGCGGAGACCGACAGACGGUCACAAGCUUUACUGCAGCGGAUCGGACGCCUCGGUGCUCUGGAAGAAUGAUGCUGAUGGUUAACACGCUGACAGAGACAAUAAUGACUGUGUUUUAAUUAUUUUAAAUGAGUUGGUUUCACUUUUUCUCACAGCCUCCUACACAUGAGCACAAUUUAGCUUCAUUAAUGUGGAUCUGGAUGGGACUUUUAAUAAGUGUAAGCUGUCCGUUCACACUAGGCAACACGUCAAAGACGUGCCACAUGGUAUCACCGAGGUAAUGGGUGUUUAAUGGAGAGGCAACUACAGGAGUUCAGCGGCGGCUCGACGGUGACAGAGUGACCUCAAAAUCCUUCCCUGCCGUUCAGGAGUAUAAUAAACAGUGCUGCUCCAAAUUUGUAUUUUUAUUUUUUAGAUUAUUAUUUGGCACAGUUACUGUGCACAGUUGAGCUUGCUUCUGAAGCAUGUGUACGUUUGAAUGUUUCACUGGCACCAACCUCAUCUCUCACACAGAAAACAUGGAUGAUAUUCCUUGAUUUAAUAACACGUCUGGGAAAUUGUUGGUCAGAAUGAUGAAAUGAGCUCUGGAAUAAUAUCACAAAACAAAUUAAGAUGCAAGGGAACCCUCUAAAUCAUUCAACCAAUUUACAUAGAUUCUAUUUGAGGACAUAUAUCUGAUUUCCCAUGGUGCCAGGAAAUAAACUGGAUGGAUAUAAUUCCCAAGAUUAUGAACAAGGAAUAAAAAAAAAAAUCCUCACACACCCCCUUUGACACUUUAUUUUUUUAUUUACGAAAUUUUACAAAGUAAUAGUAAUACAUUUUGAAAAUGAUACAUACAGUGGUCGCAUAGACAAAUAAAUAGAUAAUAAAAAAAAAUAAAAAUACAUUCACAGAAAGCCAACAAUAGGGAUAUUACAAUGACUUUUAAUUAUGUUAUGGUUGCAAUUCUUCUGUUCCAUUUUGUCCAUCUUUUUGUGUACAACCCAGUUUUUAGUCUUAAUAGAGAGGUCAAUUGCUCCAUCUUGCGUAUUUCUUCAAUAACGCCAGUCCAACUUUGUACAUUAGGUGUGAGGAAAAAUCGAAUCAAGGUUUUCCAGCCAACUUCCCUCCAUUUUCUUGAAGCUGUAGUAGUGUGGUGUGUAUUGCACAUCAACACCCUUUAACACUUAUUUGUUGCCUUACUAACCAUCCACACACAAAACGUUAACUCUGCAAAUAUAAUGGAAUACAGUAAAUAGGCCAAACAAGGCCAAACAGAAAUCACAUGCGAUUUUUCUGUAACACUCCGUGUUUAGUCAGAAGACAUAAUUGAUUUUCACUUGUUGCAGUGCGCUAUGGGACUUUUAGUGGUGCGUUAAAACAGACGAGUCUCGUGGUUAGCAGACGAUGUGUUUGGCGCGGAUAGUUCAGUGAUGAUGGAUCUCCGCCUAAUGGUGACUUUCAUCAGUCCACUUCACACUAACUGGAAUCUCCAUGUCCUCAAGUGACCGAACACUGAAGGCUACAGGUUUAAAGGUUUAACCUGACGAGUGUUUUGGCGGCAUAUGGUUGGGAGGGAGGAGGCUGUGGGCUGCAGGUAGAGCUGUCACUCAAUAUGGGGAAACAGUAGGUGGGCUUAAGAGAGCUUUA